AUGGCCACUCCUGCGUCGGACCAAGAGAAACCUACCGAACGGGAAACAUCAUCCGUAGAUCCUGGUACACUGAGGGUACAUCAGGCCGGAACGUUCUAUAUGGAAAGUGGACAUUGGGAGGAUAUUCUUACAAAAAUCAGGGGGCUCACAGAAGACUUCGUGCCUGACAAGGUUCUACCCGGGUCUCAUUUAAUCUAUGGCCCAAAUCACCAUUCAAAUCGAGAUGAUAUCGUGGGUGCAGUUCCUCCUCGUCCGGUUGUCGACCGUCUCAUGGCACUUCAUUUCGACAGCUACAUCAUCACCCCAUUUUUUAUUCAUAGCAUUAAGUUUCUCCGAGAGACCUUCACUAUGGAAAUACCCGAUGGACCAUCUGAAUCACUCAAAUCGGAAUAUCUUACCAUGAAGGAUGAAUUCAGAGAAAGGGCUGUCCAGUGCCUGAUGCUAGCAAGAUAUACGAAUGGCGGCCCAUAUAUCCUCGAAACCCUCAUCACAAUAUUAACUGGAGAAUCUGUACUCUUGAAAGGCAGCGCCACAGACGGAUGGCUUUCAAUCAGUACAAUUCUGCAUCUUGCCGUACGUAUGGGUUAUCAUCGUGACCCAGAUCACUUUCUAGACAUAUCCCCCUUUGAAGCGGAAAUGCGCAGACGCAUAUGGACUACCAUUCUCGUGAUGGACCUGACUUUGUCCUUGGACAUUGGCCUCCCACGAAACGCAAUAGAUUCGCAAUACGACACAAAACUGCCUCAGAAUCUACACGACAGUGAUUUCGACGAGGAUACCUUAGAGAUUCCUCCACCAAGACCAGAAACCGAAUAUACUCCAAUACUUCCUCUCAUUGCAAAAGGACGACUGAUCGCCGUUCUUGGGUUGAUUUGCAACGCCAAUACCACCAUCAAGCCACUUUCUUAUGAUGAGACUGUCAAGGUAGACAAAUCUCUUCAAGACAUACACAGCCAUGCUAUUCCGCCAAUGCUGCGUUGGGAUUCCGCGGCACAUCCCAUCACAGAUCGCGCCAGUCUUAUAGUUCAGAGAAUAAGUCUAGAGACAUCCUUUCAUAAGUCGCGUAUUCUCCUAUAUCGUAGAAUCUUGAGUCGUUCUCCGGUGCACCAAUUUUUGGAGCGAGAGAGGGAUUCGAUGCUUCAUGAAGAAUCACUACCGCUCGGGCGUUUGUCUCAACUGAGAUGGAAGGUCGCUCAUAUUUUUAAUCAGGAUAUUUUGUUGGCAACCAGUGUUUUCUGCCUCUACCUACAGGACGUGGAGGUCUUUGAAUCGCCCCAGACGGGAAAUCAACAGUCUUCAAGGGUAGAAGAGAUUCGACGGCAAUUAACAAUAUCACACAAGAUUUGGCAUCAAAUGAGUACCACCUCUGCAGCUGCUACAAAAGUAGCGCAAGCGCUGGGCAUUGUCCUGGGAGAUACAGAAGUACCUGACGACGAAGGCACGCAGCGUGAUUUGGCUGAAUUCGAUGCCAUACCCUUGGCCGAAUUUGAUACGUCAUUCAACAGUGAAUGUAAGAGGCGCACUUCGUCGCAUGUAAUACAGCUGCUAAUUUUGAUAGAUUUUGCUUCUGGAUUCCAUUCACCUUUAAGAUAUUUUGAUAACGUGUUGGAGACCUGGGGAACCUGA